AUGAAAAAAUAGUUGAGUGUGGUCAUGGAACAAGGGCAGAAAUCAAUGAAAAAUGCGAAAAAAGUAUUAAAAGUGAAAAGAAUUAAACCGAAAUUGGUAUUUGGCGGGCUUUCUGACAUUUCCAAUGUGCGACACAGAGCGACAACCGAACACCUAACCUAAAAAGGUGCGGUAUUCGGCACGUGCAAAAAGAAGAACGAUGCAUUCGAUACGAGGUCUUUGAAACGCGCUUUUCUUCUUCCAAACACAUUCUGUUUGUAUAUCUGAGAGCAGUGGCAUUUUGAGCCAUGGGUACCGGCGCGAACGGAGACUUGGCCUCGCCGACAGUGGAAAUGCUGGUCACCACACCAACUGAAGAUGAUGGAAAGGUUAAGAUGAAGAAGCAGCUGGGACUGCUGGAAGGAAUUGCCAUCAUCCUUGGAAUUAUCUUUGGUUCUGGUAUUUUCAUAUCCCCAAAGGGAGUUAUCCAGGAAGUAGAUUCCAUUGGGACUUCUCUGGUAGUAUGGAUUAUGUGUGGAUUACUGUCCAUGAUUGGAGCCCUUUGCUAUGCCGAAUUGGGAACAGCUAUACCAAAGUCUGGUGGUGAUUAUGCAUACAUCUAUGAAUCUUUUGGACCAUUGCCUGCAUUCUUAUAUCUUUGGGCUGCAAAUUUAAUUUUUGUACCCACAACAAAUGCCAUAAUGGGGCUGACUUUUGCCAAGUAUGUAAUUCAGCCAUUCUUCACAGGCUGUGAAAUACCAGAAUAUUCUGAUACUCUAAUUGCAGCAGCAACCAUAUGUUUUCUAACGUUUUUAAACGGAUAUAAUGUUAAAGCAACGACUCGAAUGCAAAACGUGUUUAUGUUUUGCAAAAUUGGUGCUCUCGUUUUGGUCAUCAUUAUUGGUGUUGUGUGGAUGGGAAUGGGACAUACUGAGAAUUUCGAUAAACCUUUUGAAGGGACCACCGAUAACGUCGGAAAAAUCGCUAAGGCAUUCUAUUCUGGUAUAUUUUCUUACUCAGGAUGGAAUUAUCUCAAUUUUAUGACAGAAGAGCUUAAAAAUCCUUAUGUAAAUCUUCCAAGGGCAAUUUAUAUUUCUUUGCCACUAGUCACUGGAAUUUAUGUAUUGGCUAAUAUGGCAUACUUGGCAGUAUUAACACCUGAAGCUAUGAUCGCUUCUGAUGCUAUUGCGGUUAGUUUUGGAACACGCGUACUCGGAAGUUACGCGUGGAUUAUACCAGUUUUGGUAGCUAUUUCUGCUUUCGGUGGCUUGAGUGUCCACGUGAUGGCGUCAUCUCGAAUGCUGUUCGUCGGCGCCCGCAAUGGACAUUUCCCAGAGUUCCUAGGUCAUUUGAAUAUUGGUAGAUACACUCCGAUGCCUUCUUUAAUAUUUCUUAAUGUAUUAUCUUUGUUCAUGUUAGUGACAUCAGACAUCCAUAAACUAAUCACCUACUGUACAAUUGUCGAGUCUUUCUUCGUGAUGCUUUCCGUAUCGGGAAUGUUGUACCUGAGAUGGAAGAAACCAGAAAUGGUUAGGCCGAUUCGUGUUCAUCUGGCAGUGCCAAUAACCUUCGUAAUAAUAUGCCUCUUUCUGAUAGUAAUGCCGUGCCUUGAGGCACCUUACGAAGUGGGUAUGGGCACACUGAUUACAUUAUCUGGUGUACCUGCAUAUUACUUUGGUGUUAUAUGGCAAGAGAAGCCAAAAUGGAUUAGGCGUUUCAUGGCUGGCGUAACGUUCCUUUCGCAAAGAAUAUUUGUUGCGGCUCCAGAAGAGUUGUGAAAACCUGUUAACUUACUAAGUACCAAAGACGCUUCUCUGUUACAUGAAAGCAUUUACCUACUGAAUUUGUAAAUUCAUUUACAAUUAUUAUUUCUUAACUACUCUUAGUAUUUUUUCGUUCUGUGUUUUUUUUUUAUUUUGCGUCAUUCGCUUAAAUUAUUUAUUUUUGGUUUUUACGUGUGAAAGAAAACCAUUACUGUGAUUACUUUAGUUUGAUUUUUUUAAUGGUAAAUGGCUGUAUUUUUUUUUAACUUUUUGUUUUACAUUUUUUUUAAAACGGAAUAAAAAUUUAUAAUUACAAUGCCUCAAUUAUUUCCGAGCGUUUUUAUAUGGAUCUGAAUGUUCAAAUCAUAAUUAUGUUAUUUCUAAUAUAUGUUAAUUUUCACAAUCGUGCACAUUUCAUACAAUAA